GUUUUGGAAAAAGCAAAACGAGCGUAGAGAAACUUCUGAAACCUCACAUCAGCGUUGCCCUCACUCACCCGGCACUGAACGCGAUCCACAGAGAGACACGCCGCUCCUUAACGACGCCGUUUGGUUCGGUGCAGCCGCAUUCGCCAGCAGAGAGAAUCGAUGGAGAAGGGAAAGGGAGUGAUGGGAUCGGGAGGAAGAAGGUGGGCCGUUGACCUCUCCGACAAUUCCACUUCUCGCGAUAUUCCCGAUCCUCCCGGUUUCUCUCGCGCUUCUCCCGACCAGGACGACUCAACGCUCAGUCGCCAGAAGAAGGAUGCUGAAUCCAAUUGGAAAGCCCAGAAAGCUUGGGAGGUAGCGCAAGCCCCUCUGAAGAAUUUACUGAUGAUGGGGUUCAUGAUGUGGAUGGCUGGUAGCACAGUCCACUUGUUCAGCAUUGGGAUUACUUUCUCUGCUCUUUGGCAACCCAUUAGUGCCUUGCAGAGUGUCGGAAAGAUUUUUGAGCCCUACAAAGACAAUAAGGUGGAGCUUCUUGGACCUAAGUUGUUAUUUAUAGCCCUUAAUUUGGGUGGCUUGGCACUAGGUGUUUGGAAGCUCAAUGCAUUGGGGCUUCUUCCUACACACACAUCAGACUGGGUCUCAUCCUUGGCACCUGCUCAGGAGGUGGAGUUUUCCGGUGGUGGUGUAAAUUUGGGUUGAUGUCCGAUUUCUUUUCAUGCCCAACUUGUCUUGGAGGCAUUUUGAGUAAACAUUGAUACGGAUUCAGGCUAAACAGCAAAUUCUAAUGGUUAUGAUGGACCACGUGAGGCAUGACUUGUUUCCAAUUUAAAAAUUUGUUAGCAAUGCAUUAAAGUUGGAAAGAAUUUGUAGUAGUAGACUGGGGAUGCUCCAAAUAAUCAAGAACCGUUUUCUAUUUUUAUUUAGGAUUCUAAUAUAUGCACAUUAUAAUUUUUCUACAUCUCUUUCAUCAGGUUGGAUAUAAAGGAAAAUGAUGUAUAAGAAUCUCCCUUAUAUUUAAGAAGCAUUAGCUAAUGAUUUCUUUUAUAUUCUUA